AUGCCAGAUAUGGAAAAGCUAUCCAUAAGUGAGAUAUAUACCUCGGAGAAAAAUGGUAACGACCAGACUGGCGACGGAACGGCCGAAAAGCCUUUUAAGACCAUAUUGCAGGCUAUGCGGCAUGCCGGGAAAGAGCCGUUUCCAGCAAUAUACGUAGACGCGAAAGAAGAGGGAAAAGUCUACGACGUCGCUGCUAAAUCUCAGCUGAAGAAAAUCCAAAAGAUCUGGGUGAGGGAGAACUACAAGGCGGCUGACAAAGCCAAGGCAGAGGAGGAGACCAACCAGAAAAGGCAACAAAACAUCGAAGAAAGCAAAAAGAUCGAGAUCAAAGAAGACCCUAGUCUUCCAAAGGCUAAAGUUGUGAAAAUAUUCCAAGCCGGAGAAUACAGAGGUCAGCGUGUAUGCAUCAAAGGAUGGGUGCAUAGACUCAGGAGACAGGGCAAGGCCCUAACCUUCAUCACUCUGAGAGAUGGCACUGGAUACAUGCAAUGCGUCCUCCAUGGCCUUCUUUGCCAGACAUAUAAUGCUCUUGUGCUAUCCACGGAAUCAUCUGUGGCAGUGUACGGAACACUUGAAGCUGUAAAGGAAGGGCAAACAGCGCCAGGAGGUCAUGAACUGACAGCAGAUUACUGGGAACUAAUUGGUCUCGCCCCACCUGGUGGAGCAGAUGCCAUCUUGAACGAAGAAGCUCUGCCUGAUGUGCAGUUGGACAACAGGCACAUAAUGAUUCGUGGUGAGAACACUUCGAAGAUCUUACGCGCCCGCGCCGCGGUGACUCGCGCGUUCCGGGAACAUUUCGCCUCGCGUCAUUACACUGAAGUGACGCCGCCGACACUCGUACAAACGCAGUGCGAAGGAGGCAGUACACUGUUCGAUUUCCAAUACUUUGGUGAGAAAGCUUACCUCACCCAGAGCUCGCAACUUUACCUGGAGACCUGCCUGGCUUCCUUGGGCGAUGUGUACUGCAUAGCGCAGUCUUACCGCGCCGAACAAUCCAGGACUAGGCGACAUUUAGCCGAAUACAGCCACGUGGAAGCCGAAUGUCCUUUCAUCACAUUCGACCAGCUGCUGGACCGGCUUGAAGACCUGGUGGUGGACGUGGUAGACCGAGUGCUGGCCUCUCCUGAUGCCCAUUUGGUCUAUGAGCUGAACCCUGACUUCAAAAAACCUGAAAAGCCGUUUAAAAGAAUGACGUAUGUUGAAGCUUUGGAAUACCUACGGGAGCACAAGAUUACAAAAGAAGAUGGCUCUUUCUACGAAUUUGGAGAUGAUAUCCCCGAAAUGCCGGAGCGCAAGAUGACCGACGCCAUUGGCGUUCCAAUACUUUUAUGCAAGUUCCCCGCCGAGAUAAAAUCGUUCUAUAUGCCGCGUUGUGAAGACGAUCGCCGACUGACGGAAUCUGUGGACGUAUUGAUGCCCGGAGUAGGGGAGAUUGUGGGCGGAUCCAUGAGGACCUGGGACUACGACGAACUAUUGGAGGGUUACAAGCGCGAAGGCAUCGACCCCAGCCCCUACUACUGGUACACGGAUCAACGCAAGUUCGGCAGCGUGCCCCACGGUGGAUACGGGCUUGGUCUAGAAAGAUUCUUGUGUUGGCUGCUCAACAGAUACCACAUUCGAGAAGUCUGCCUCUACCCGAGGUUCUUGGAACGCUGCACGCCAUAA